CACCAACAAAAGUCUUGCGAAAACGUUCCGGCUUUUUUGUGUGCAAAAUAUAAAUUACAGAGCUUUUACUAUUAGUUAAGGAGUUCACCAUGUCGUUUCAUUUAAGCACCAAGGAGCGCUUACUGCUGCUAAUCGAUGACAUCGAAAUGAUUUCCAAAGAACUUAUAGAGCAAGCGCACCAGAAAAUCUCCAGCACGGAACUUUCGGAUUUGCUGGACUUGUUAGUUUCAAAAGAUGAAGAGUUUAGAAAAAUGUUGGAAUUGGCGGAGGAGCAGGCCAAAGUGGAAGAAGCAAUGGAUAAAUUGCGCGCCAAUGUCGAGAUUCACGAUCGGGAGAUUCAAAAGCUACAGAAAUCAUUGAAAGACGCCGAGCUCAUACUCUCUACAGCCAUUUUUCAGGCACGCCAGAAACUGGCUAGCAUUAAUCAAGCCAAUAAGCGGCCGGUUUCGUCAGAGGAACUCAUCAAGUACGCACACCGCAUUAGUUCAGCAAACGCAGUCAGCGCUCCGCUGACUUGGUGCAUUGGAGAUCUCAGACGACCAUAUCCCACAGAUAUUGAAAUGCGCAACGGUCUAUUGGGAAAAUCUGAGCAAAACAUUAAUGGUGGACUUGUCACUCAUCAAAAUAGCGCCAUUCAGUCGGACGCCCAGCGAAAUUUAAGCGGCACAGGCGGUGGCGGGAGUGGCAGCGGAAGUGAAGUGCCAAAUACAUUCCAAAACCAAUUCAGCUGGAACCUAGGUGAAUUGCACAUGAUGGGUGCUUCUGGCAACUCAGUGGCACUGGAGACACGUGCUCAUAAAGAAUCUUCAGCUCAGGAUGAUGUCGAAGUCAUGUCCACAGACAGCUCAAGUUCUAGUUCGAGUGAUUCACAAUAGUUUCUUAGAUGCAGAACAAAAAUAGUAAUAGUAAAAGUAGCAAAUAAGAGAAAAGUUUAUUGUACACACAUAUAUAUAUUAGAUUUUUGGAGUUGGCCAGGUCUAGGUGCUAGAUUUUAUGUAUUUCAAUUGAAAUGCACAAAAGCUUAGAACUGGAGCUGACCAGACCUAAAAAUCUUCUAAAUUUAAGAAAGAGGACGCGAACUCCUUAAAA